AUGAGCACAAGCACAGAGUCCACGACGUACGUCACAUGCUUCGGAAACGUCCUGUACCUGGCUGCAUGCAGAACAGAAGUAAAGAAGCACGAAGUACUUUGCCAUGUAGUGCAGGAGUGGGGACAACUUGUAGUGAUGGGCGGCGGAAGCCCAAUCGCGUGCCCCUAUGAUGCGAUGCCCUCUUCCGGCUUCAUGAUCAGAGCGUGGAUGGCAGCUCAGUGUGCCACCGAGGACGGCUCCAGCCAUUUCGUUGAAGAUUCUGCCGCCUACUGCAGUCUGCCUUUAGACGUGAACAACGCAGCCAGCUUGCUGCUUGAAGAUGGCGCGGCCGUGUCAGCUGAUGCGUUGACCGUGCGCGCGCAGAAUGAGCUGCUGACCUGGCCUCCUCCACCGGAGGCUAGGUCUCUUCUGCGCGUGGUGCAUGUGCUCGAGGCCAAAGAAUGUGACGUGGUGCGUAUUUCAUAUCGUCAUGGAGAUCUGGAAGCUGCUGCGACUGUAAUGGCAGAACAGCUCAUCAUGGCGGAAGACCCUUCGGGAGAGCCAGAGGAGACCAAGGCGGUAGACUUGAGAUCUGGUCAGCAAUUGCACAGUUUCACAUCCCCGCUCACAGUUACAAGCGCGAAAACGGAAAGAGCGAAAACCCGCGUAGUGGUAGCCGCUGUGAACGGCCGCUAUUUUAUGGGAGAUCCGGUGGCCGAAGCACCGCUCGAUCGCGAGCACGCCGGGCCUGCGAUGCACGCCUUGGCAGUGACGCAUCUUCAGCAGCUCUUUUCCGCGUCGCGGGACGAGUGCUCAGAGUCGGCUGCAGCAGGCGGCAACAGCGAGUGCUGGGAUGGCUACUUCACCUUCCAGUACUGCUGCCUGGCGCCUUCCCUGGACGAAGAGAUCCUGGAGCUGAAGGGGAGGGCGCCUGCCCAAGAGGCUUUCGGCUUCUUCGAUGCCUAUCUUCCGGGCAAGGACUGCUGGCAACCGCCCUUGGUUACCUUCGACAACUGCUGCCACCUGUCCGCAGGAGUCGAGGGCCGAGCUGCAUGUUGGGAUGCGUGGCGUCAUUUCGACCGCUGCUGCUUCCAAGGUGCAGCGGCUCCCAGCGACCCAGCUGAUGAAGAGACGGGGGCGCUGAGGCAGAGGCCUCCAGACGAGAGCCCCUCGGAGCAGGUGACCUCGCCACCCGUCGGGCGGCAUUGUUGGACGAAUGGCUUUAGCUACACAGCCUGCUGCCGCAAUCCUCACACCAACAGCGAGGACACCUCUGACCAGCAAAGACGAGCUUCCUGCUGGGACGGCUUCCACACCGAAGAGCGGUGCUGCUUGGGCGUCGUGGAGCCCCCCCAGAGUUGGGUGGCCGCCGAGCGGCUUUCACCCGUCGCGGAGUGCUUGGCAGCCAUGUCCGAGAGGCCGUUGAAUCUUUCGGACUCCCCAGCCAGCUGUGGAACACGGUACUUUCACGUGGCCACCCUGGGACAGCUGCGGCUGCGGAUGGACUACGUGGCUUCAGGGCUGCCGUGGUUUCUGCUGCCCAGCAGGUCCUCACCCGGAUGGGCCGACUACGUGGCGCGGUUUGGACCCACAGGCGUGCACAACCACUGGGUCGUGGGUGGACUUUGCCUGCCCGUGGCCUGUGACCUGCGCACCGCGGCUGAGCACCUGGUACCGCUAGUGGCCCCAUGGUGGCCUCUGCCGGCACCGAGGUUGGCGCCCUUGAACGAGACGCACGUCUGGGUGCCACCGGCGCUGGCCGUAGCCCAUGAGCUGUUUGAAAGCCACGGCUACAUACCGAUGUGGGUAUCGAAGCGCUCAUGCCCGGACACAUCCUCCGAGCUGCCCUUCUGCAGCCACUCCUGGCAGUUUGCGGUGCAAGAGUACCAUCGCCGCCUCCGUGCCGACCCGACGGCCACGGCCUUUGUGGUGGCCUUGCUCACUGCCAGCCUCUGUUUCUACAGAGGGUCCUCCCUCCGGGGCCAUGUGGUCGCCCUCGGCAAGCCCAGGGGAUCUCUUCGAGUAGACGUGCUCCGGAUUGUUCUGACCGCCGCCGUGAUUUGGGUGCACACUUUCUCGCAGGGGAGCUGGCUGCCAGUUGAGAAGCAGAGUGUCGGGUACUGGCUGGGCCACUCCGCAGAUGCCAUGCUGAAGGUGAACACGGCCUUCCUGGUGCUUUCCAUCCACCUCAGGGGCCAGCAGACCCGGAGGUGCCAGGGGACGUUCGGAGCAAUCCUCCACGCCCUGCGGCGCUGGCUCCGCAUUGGUCCGCUGCUAUCUUUCUGGACCCUCGUCUACCUGGAGGUCUUCGUCCGGUGCAUUCCGAUGAACAACACCAUGAAGAGCAGCGGCUUGCACAGCUGGUUCUCGGAGAAGCGCGAGGAGUGCUCCGAACCGCGGCACUUCGCUCUCACAGCUCUCAUGGUUCAUGAGCCCGUGACAGGCCGCACCUCACCCUGCCACAAUGCAGACAUCUUCGAGGUGUUGUUUCUGCUGGACAUCCUCGCGUUUAUGAUCUCGCAGGUGGACGAGAGCACUUGCUGGCUGCUGCUCCCUGCCUCGUUGCUUUGGCGUUCCUGGCAAGUGCUGGGUGAGGGGGAGGCACGCUGGGCGCUGGCCUACCGCCACCGCUUCGCCAUGCUCCUGCCGGUGGCGCUGCUCACACUUGGCUUCCGCAAGCUGCCAGGGGUGGCUGUGAGAGGACCCGCUCCACGCUGGCUUCUGGACUUGGUUGGGCUGCUCCUCAUUACCAGCUCCUGCAUGCAGGACGCUUUGAACUUUGGCACUGCUGACUGGCCCCCACUGUUCGCGGACUUGGCCAGCCGCUUACGCCUCCUCAAGCCCUUCCAGCAGACGGCCGCCUUUCAUGUCUCCGAGCUGAGCUUUGUCCUUGGCUUCCUUGUCCUCUUGGGCGAGCCGUACUCGCUCGAGAACCGGCGCGGCCCGGAGUGCCCAUGGUCCUGGGUCUCUUUCAUGGCUCGAUUGAGUCUUGGGAUGAACUUCUCCAACCUCUUCGUGUUCCACUUUCUGGCGGGGUUCUACAUGGAGGAGCCGCAAACUCUCUCCGGCACCUCGGCCCUCCUCUUCUUCGCCGCCGUGUACGCCGUCGCGGCGCUGUUGGCAUUCUUGGGCCUCGUUGCCGUCGAGGUCCCUGCGCUGACGCUCCUGAGUGGGGCCGACCCGCGCGUCAAGGACAACUAUCACCAUGGCUUCCAGCAUGCUGUCGAUCGCUUCUCAGGAGCAAAGGAAACCGAAAGAAAAAUGCUUCUACUGCUGCUGCUACCUCUCAUAACAGCAGGAAACAGCCAGUGA